AUGUCCGAAGAGAUGCUCGUGUCCAUGUGUGUCACAUACAUCAUCGCCGGCACAGACACCACCGGGACCACCCUGUCGUGGCUGAUGUGGGCGCUUGCGAGCCACCCGCACGUCUACGACACGCUCCGCGCCGAGCUCAUCGCAGCUUUCCCCGAUCCCGGCGCGUUCCCCGACCUGGCGUCGCUCCGGAAACUGCUCUACCUGACCGCCGUCAUCAAGGAAGCGCUGCGGCGCUACCCGGCGACGCCGAUCUACCUGCCCCGCGUCGUCCCCGAAGGCGGCGCGGUGCACCAAGGGCACUAUCUGCCCGCCGGGACGACGAUAGGCUGCCUGUCUUACGCGAUGCACCGCGAUGAGGAGUUCUUCCCGAACCCGGAGGUGUACGACCCCUCGCGCUGGCUCGAACACGUAGACGGCGUCCUCAAGGUGAAGAACACGCCGGAACUGACGGCGUCGUUUGCCGAGCUUGAAAUCUACACCGUGAUCGCGAACCUCGUCCGGCGGUACAAGUUUAAGCCGGGGCCGCACGCGACCCACCAGACGAUGAAGGACGUUGACCUUCUCAUCUUGAAACCGAAAGGGCACAAGGUGGAACUUGUCUUCGAGAAGAACCCGUACUAA